UGUUUCCCUGGAGAUGCUUUCGGCGUCCCCUCUCUCCACGCCGGCGCAGCCAGGCCUCGGAAUCACUUACAGAGGAGGGGGCGGCGCCGACGCCCAGCACCUGCCGCCGGUGGGGGACUCACUUCAGUGGAAGGGAAAACUGGAGUUGUUUCCCUGGGCGAGUGCACCGAGGCUGAAGUCUAUAAGCCUGGAGAGACCAUCAGCAGUAAUCUGCAAAUGGCUACACUGGUCUGGGUUAAGAACUUAGAUCAUUCAGAUGUUCACUGUAACAUUGGAAGACUCUGAACUCUGUGGAACAGUCUUCAUAGCUCCUCUGAAUCCGAAAUGACCACCCUGCCCCCACUGCCCAUGACACGCCCGAAGCUUACAGCCUUAGCCAGACAGAAGCUGCCUUGCUCCUCCAGAAAAAUUCCAAGGUCUCAAUUGAUCAAAGAAAAAGAUGACAUAGAUCAUUAUCUAGAGGUGAAUUUCAAAGGAUUGUCAAAAGAGGAGGUUGCUGCUUAUAGGAACUCCUACAAGAAGAACAUCUGUGUGGACAUGCUGCGAGAUGGUUAUCAUAAGUCCUUCACCGAGCUCUUCGCUUUAAUGGAGCAGUGGGAUGCCCUGAGGGAGGCUGCGAGAGUCAGGUCCCUCUUCUGGCUGCAGAAGCCCCUGGAGGAGCAGCCUGAUAAACUGGAUUACUUCUACCAUUACCUGACCAGGGCUGAGGACGCUGAGAGAAAAAAAUCCUUCGAAGAUGUAUAUAACAACUUGUAUGCUCUGGCCUGUUACUUCAAUAACCCUGAAGACAAGUGGGUAAGGAACCACUUCUAUGAACGAUGUUUUAAGAUUGCUCAGCUGAUCAAAAUUGACGGUGGGAAGAAAGAAGCCGAGGCACACAUGCAUAUGGGUCUUCUCUACGAGGAAGAUGGUCAGCUUCUGGAAGCUGCUGAGCAUUAUGAAGCAUUCCAUCAAUUGACGCAGGGGCGGAUAUGGAAGGAUGAGACAGGCCGCUCUCUCAACUUGUUGGCCUGUGAGAGUCUCCUGAGGACUUACAGAUUACUCUCAGACAAAAUGCUGCAAAAUAAAGAAUACAAACAGGCCAUCAAAAUUCUAAUAAAAGCUUCUGAAAUAGCCAAAGAAGGUCAGCUUCUGGAAGCUGCUGAGCAUUAUGAAGCAUUCCAUCAAUUGACGCAGGGGCGGAUAUGGAAGGAUGAGACAGGCCGCUCUCUCAACUUGUUGGCCUGUGAGAGUCUCCUGAGGACUUACAGAUUACUCGCAGACAAAAUGCUGCAAAAUAAAGAAUACAAACAGGCCAUCAAAAUUCUAAUAAAAGCUUCUGAAAUAGCCAAAGAAG